AUGAGGAUUUUUCCUGUGUAUAUUAUAUUUACAUGUGAAAUAAUUUUAGUUCAUAAUCUAUUUAGUCCAUUACAAAUACAAAAACGUGUAAUUAAUGGUCAAAAAGCAGAAAAAUUAGAAUAUCCAUGGGCUGUAUCUAUAAAAGGUACAAAUCCUGUAUUCAAACAAAUCACAUAUUGUGGAUCAACAUUUAUACGAGAUCGUUGGUUACUUACUGCUGCUCAUUGUUUUUGGGCUGGAUCAUGGAGAAAAUCUCACCUUUUAGAUCCAAACAACUGGCAUGUUCAAGCUGGAAGUAACGUGAUUGAAUUAGGUGAAGAACAUGGAUAUAGAGGACAUGUAUUAAAACCAGGUACAAGUGGACGUCAAACUAUUGUAGCUACAUUAAUCAAAAGAUUAAUUGAUAUUUUCUCCAGUAGUAGUUCAAAAGACAAACAAGGGCUACCAGACGAUCUAGAAUAUGAUCUAGCUUUGCUCGAACUAGAAACACCCUUGCCGUCGGAAGAUCCAGGGGUUCAACCUGCUGAAUUACCACCUAGUGAAAAUUAUCUUGCUUGGCCACCUGAUCAUGCUGAUUGCAUAUUUGUCGGAUGGGGUUGUCGUGUAAAAAAUGGUAAACCAUCAGCACAAGCUCAAGCUGUUCAUUUGUUAACACUAAAAAAUCAGGACUGUUCGCUUAUGUAUGGCAAUGCAGCAGGCUUAAACGAUCAACAUGAGUUUUGCGCCGGUUAUUACCAAGGACGAGUAGGAAUUUGCUCAGGUGAUAGCGGGAGUGGUCUGAUUUAUAAGAAAGGUGAUAUAAACUACGUUGUUGGUGUAGCUUCAGCUACACACGCUACGGCACCUGAGCUUUAUCCAGGUUUAUUCACAAGAGUUGCAUAUUUUAGAACAUGGAUUGAUGGAGUGAUAGAUGGGACAACAACUCAAAAUUCAACUAGCCCGAAACAAUAA